AUGAUUCCACGCGAAUCGCUCAUCACCACCAUCGUGCAGGAGCAGCAGAUUUACCACGAAGCGUUUGGGAAUCUCGCGCGAGGGUUGAAGGCGAUCCAGGGGACGCUUCCCUCACCCGUGAGGGGGAGGCGGGCGGGUGGGGAUGCCGCCCUCCUCGACGACAACGACGAGCGCGUCCUCGAGAAGGGGGUGCUCAACCAACGGGGGCGUCGAUUGCUGCUGAUUUUUCUCGCAGCGAAGGUGGUGGUGCCGCUGCUGAUCUCCAGUAGAAUCUCCACGAUCGACUUCGCCACGUUUUCGAUCAUCGUGCUUAGUUCGCUGAAGCAUGAGGAGGCGCACGAGGAAAAGAUGUCCGCGGAGAGGCAGGCGUGGCGUCGUAUCGUGAACGUCUGCUUUGGGUUGUUAUCGUAG